GCAAUAAACCUCGAAACAUGACCUCUUUUGUAAAGCCCGGCCUAUAUAUACGCGGAGCUCCGAUCCCUUUCCCAAAUCGUCGCAAAAGAAUUGAGCUCUGAGAAAACCUAGAUUCGCUUCGGUAAACAUUUGCGAGUAAAAGAAGAAGAAAAUGUCGGAAGAAAAAGUCAUCGGCUGCCACUCUGUUGCCGCCUGGACCGAGCACCUCGAGAAGAGCCACGUCAGCAAGAAACUGAUUGUGGUCGACUUCACAGCUACAUGGUGUGGACCGUGCCGGUUCAUUGCCCCCAUCUUCGCAGAGUUGGCCAGGAAGAACCCGGAGGUGACAUUCCUAAAGGUGGACGUGGAUGAGCUGAAAACUGUUUCCGAGGAGUGGGGAGUGGAGGCAAUGCCGACCUUCUUGUUCCUCAAGGAAGGCAAGGUAGUCGACAAGGUUGUGGGUGCUAAGAAAGAAGAGUUACAGCUCAAAGUUGCGAAGCAUGCAACUGCAGAUGAACCCGCUACUGCUGAUGAACCCGCUACUGCUGGUGAUGCCGCGACUGCUGGUGAUCCCGUGACUGCUGGUGAUCCCACUACUGCUUCUGCUUAACUUUUCGCGUUAUCUUUCGAGAAUGUGAACCUCCUAUUGUGCUUUGCUGGUUGUUUGUAACUUUUAUGGGUUUCUCCAAGACUUGAAUGUUUUAUGUAUAUGACUGAUGCCUCAUGGUAACUAUCUAUGAAUGCUUUUAUUUUAAUGUUAA